CACUCUGUGUUUUAGGGCUCGUGGUGGAGCGAAUGGCGCUCGCCGGUAAGCUCCAAAUGCGCUAGCUCUCCUGCUCCCGCCCGAUCGAGCUGGAUGGAUCGCAGUAGCUUAGGGACUAGCAGGAGAUGCAUCUGGUGAGGGGCAUGGAUCUCGAUAGGGAUAGACCAGACAAUGAGCGCAAUGGAGUCAGGGCCUACAUUGCCACGGAUUCCAGGGACAUAGAGGGCGACGAUGGGAUUUCGAGGAAGAGGAAGUACUCUCCCAUUGUUUGGGACCUUGACGACGGCAAAAAAUCUGAUGCGGCGCCGCCCUUGUCUAGAUUCUCCGAGGCGGCUGCUGCUGGAGAGGAUGAAACACAGCCGAUUGACACCGAUGUGCUUUCCAGCGGUGGUGGUGGUGCUCAGGACAAUUCCGGGAGCCGAGAUGAGGAGCAGCGGUACGAGCAGGAACUUAACGAGAAAGAGCUUGUGGAACUCAGCGACGACGAUGGUAGUGCUCCAGACGAGCGCUCGGGGUCGGACUCGGACUAUGAAGAUCGAUCGCCGCCCCCGCAGCUACGUAGUAUUGAUAUGCUGCGAGGCUGCCGAAGCGUGGACGAGUUUGAGAGGCUUAACAAGAUCGACGAGGGCACUUACGGGGUCGUCUAUCGUGCUCGGGACAAGAAGAGUGGAGAGAUUGUGGCGCUCAAGAGAGUGAAGAUGGACCACGAGAGAGAAGGAUUUCCCAUGACUUCCCUACGGGAAAUCAAUGUUCUUCUCUCCUUCCACCAUCCAUCCAUCGUGGAUGUCAAGGAAGUGGUGGUCGGCAGCAACUUGGACAGCAUCUUCAUGGUGAUGGAGUACAUGGAGCACGAUUUGAAAGGAUUGAUGGACGCCAUGAAGCAGCCCUUUACGCAAAGUGAGGCGAAGUGUCUCAUGCUACAGCUCUUCGAAGGCGUCAAGUAUCUGCACGACAACUGGGUUUUGCAUAGGGAUUUAAAGACUUCAAAUCUCCUACUAAACAACCGUGGAGAUUUGAAGAUAUGUGACUUUGGUUUGGCAAGACAAUAUGGUAGUCCUCUUAAGACGUACACACGCAUGGUCGUCACGUUAUGGUACAGGGCCCCCGAGCUGCUUCUCGGCUCAAAGAAAUACAAUGCUGCCAUUGACAUGUGGUCCUUGGGUUGCAUUAUGGCAGAAUUCCUCGCCAAAGAACCUUUGUUCACCGGGAAGUCUGAAAUAGACCAGCUGGACAAGAUAUUUAAGACAUUAGGAACGCCAAAUGAGAAGAUCUGGCCCAAUUUUGUAAACUUGCCAGGGGUCAAAUGCAACUUUGUGCGCCAACCGUAUAAUAGGCUUCGGGAAAAGUUUCCUCCAGUUGCUUUUGGAGGAAGACCGGCUUUAUCCGAGAAGGGUUAUGACUUGCUUAACAAACUCCUUACCUACGAUCCAUCGAAGAGAAUUACAGCUGAAGAAGCGUUGAAUCACGAAUGGUUUGACGAAGUUCCACUUCCAAAAAUGAAAGAGCUUAUGCCGACUUUUCCAGUACGAAGCGAUCAGGACAGGAGACUGAGAAGAGCCAUGAAAAGCCCGGAUCCACUCGAAGAACAAAGAAGGCGUGAGUUACGGGGCGAGUUUGGGGCAGGAGUGUUUGGCUAACUACCGAGCUGCAAGCAUUUUUGUUUCGGAAUUGUACAACUCGUGCAGCACCUUUUGACUAUCGAAGAAGCCGCGUCCAGAUGGCAGGAUCUUUUUUACAUACAGUUUUCUAAGCUCGUCGGGAUUUGUGCUGAGUGUACUUGCGGCUGUAAAAUACUUGUAGAGGUUCUUCUCUGGUAAUGAUCAUGACCAUUCGUUUUAA